AUGGGCCCCUGAACCGCCUCCUCAUGCUGCUGCCAGGCCCGUAAUCUGCCAUGGGCCCCUGUACCGCCUCCUCAUGCUGCUGCCAGGCCCGUAAUCUGCCAUGGGCCCCCGUACCGACUCCUCAUGCUGCUGCCAGGCCCGUAAUCUGUCCAUGGGCCCCUGUACCGCCUCCUCAUGCUGCUGCCAGUCCAGAGUGUGUCAUGGGUCCCUGUACGGUCUCCCAUUGCUGCUGUCUCCAUCGCCACACUCUGCCAUGUGCCACUUUCAGGUCUCCUCACACUGCUGGUGGGUUCCAUUUUGUCAUAGGGUGCUGGCAGAUUACGGCCUCCCCAUUGCUGCUGCCAGUGCCCGUAAUCUGCCAUGGGCCCCUGUACCGCCUCCUCAUGCUGCUGCCAAAGUCCAGAGAGUGUCAU